AUGAUCAAGUCCGACUAUGAGGGCACUGGCACCAACAACUCCUACGUGGAGUACUCCGAGAACUGGGCUGGCGCUAUUCUGGUCGGCACGGGCUACACUGAGGUCACUGGUACCAUCGUUGUCCCUACCAUCCCCAGCUCGAGCAGCAAUACCGAGCAGGCUGGUGCUGCUUGGGUUGGUAUCGACGGUGCCACCUGCCAAACCGCCAUCCUCCAGACCGGCAUCGAUUGGUACGUCGAGGGCAGCGAUGUCAGCUACGAUGCCUGGUAUGAGUGGUACCCCGAUUACUCCUAUGAUUUCUCUGGCAUCACCAUCGCGGCUGGCGACUCCGUCAAAUUCACUGUCACCGCGACUAGCGACACGUCGGGCACGGCUGUCAUCGAGAACCUGACCACGGGUCAGACCGUUUCGGAGACCUUCACGGGUGUGACUGACGGCUCGCUCUGCGAGGAGAACGCCGAGUGGAUCGUUGAGGACUUUGAGGAGUGCGGCACUACCUGCGAAUUUGUUCCCUUCGCCGACUUUGGGACCGUCACUUUCACCAGCGUUUCUGCCAUUGCCAGCGGCACCACUGUGACUCCUGCCGAGGCCACUAUCAGUGACAUAGAGCAAAAUAACGUCGUGCUGACGUCGUGUUCCAGUUCUUCUACUGAAGUUACUUGCACGUACGAAUAA